CUCAACCGGUUUCCUUGCAAUAGGAGCAACUAAAAUAUAGGUGGUGGAGCUGCAUUCAAAGCAUCUGCGCCAAUCCUGAUCGUUUUGCUAGCUCAGUUACGGUUCAACUGCGCACAAGUCACAAGCUUAUUACGCAAGGGCCUAGCAGCAACAACGUGCGUCAUGUUGCUGGUGCUAUUUCUGCUGGCAGCUGCCAGCUACCUUUUCUACCGUUGGAGCACAUCAACGUUUGAUUACUUUGCGAAGCGCGGCGUACCAUUCGGAAAGCCCUACCCGUUGUUUGGAGCGCUGUGGCCCUACUUGAAGGGCGAAAAAUCUCCGGUGGAUGCCAUGUGCGAGGGAUAUCGCCACUUUCCGGGAUGUACGUUUUCGGGGGUUUUCCUGUUUCGUUCGCCGUGCUACGUGAUACAUGAUCCGGAACUGAUCAAGCGGAUUGCCGUGCGGGAUUUUGACCAUUUCGUCGAUCAUGCCAACAAUGUUUCUUUGGAGGUGGAUCCCUUUUUGGGACGAACAUUGUUCUUUUCUGAUGGCCAUCGCUGGAAACAAGGACGGACGGCGCUCAGUCCAGCCUUCACCGGGAGUAAGAUGCGCAAUAUGUUCGAGCUGGUGAGUGAUUACUCGGAUAGGGCGAUGCGACGGCUGAUUGAUGAUGCUGUGGAGAAUGGGAGAAAACUGGAGACGGAGUUGAAGGAUUUGUUUCAAAGAUUGGGACUCGAUGUAAUCACCUCAAUAUCUCUUGGAAUUGAUGUCGACUCCAUUCAUCAACCGGAAAAUGAGUUCUUCUCCCAUGGAAAACAUCUAGCAAAGACUACAGGAUUACAAGGAUUCCGGUAUUUCAUCAUGUCUCUCCUUCCGGAAAAAGUAUUGAAUGCAAUUGGGAUACGAAUCGUUCCAGAAUAUCUGGCAAACUUCUAUCAUGGGGUGGUUUCUCAAGUGGUGAAACAUCGUUUAGAGAAUUCCAUCGUCAGGCCGGACUUCAUCCAUCUCUUGUUGCAAGCUCGACGUAACGAACUGAAGACCGACAAAGCCGAUGAGCAGUUCAAUGAUGCAGGAUUUUCAACGGUACAAGAACACUUACAAGCACCGACAAGUACUGGUGUGGAAUGGACCGAUUACGACAAUGCUGCCACUGCGGCAACUUUCUUCUUCGGGGGUGUGGAAUCUACCACUUCACUACUUUGCUUCGCUGUCUACGAGAUUGCCCUGAAUCCACAUGUUCAGCGUAAGUUACGCGCCGAAAUUGACUCCGUACAGGAAGCUCUUCGCAAUGAAAAACUGACCUACGAAUCCAUGCAACACAUGAAAUACCUGGACAUGGUGAUCAGUGAAACCCUUCGCAAGUGGCCUCCAUUUGGAGUUACCAAUCGUCAGUGCACCAAACCGUACCAAAUUGAGGACAUCGACGGCUGCAAAGUCACCGUGGAAAAAGGUCAAGUCAUCUUUCUACCCAUCCAAGAUAUCCACCGAGAUCCGCAGUUCUUCCCCGAUCCAAUGCGCUUCGACCCAGAGAGAUUUUCCACCGAGAAUCGGCACAACCUCAAGCAGGAUGCUUUUCUGCCGUUCGGAGUAGGGCCAAGGAAUUGUAUUGGAUCCAGGUUGACGCUAAUGCUGACCAAAUGUUUCCUGUAUUACCUUUUGGUGACAUUUGAGGUGCAGCUGGCGGAACGAACCGAGGUGCCGAUACAGAUCGAUUUGAAAGCUACGGGGUUGAAUUCCAAGAAUGGGUUUUGGUUCCAAUUGGUUCCAAGAACUAAGUAGAUUGCACUGUGAUACGAUUUAAAAAUGGCAUCUAAUAAACUCUACAA